ACAGAAGAAGGUAAAACUGAUCAGAUGGAGGGCCCUUUGCUGUCCAAGAGUGAGCGAAAUGAUGUUACAAUCCAUGGUGAUUCUUCCACAAGUGAUGAGCACGUCGUCGACAUUACAGUCAAUGACGAUUCUUCAUCAGCUGAUGAGAAAACACCACAUGAGGGUGUUCAGUCGAGUAGAACUGAUAUUGAUGCAGUUGUUUGGACUCUGGUCGGGUUUGUUGUGGCCUUGCUCCAGAUUGUUGCAGCCAUUGCUGUUCUGACUCUGACAAAAGACGAGCAACAGCCUUCACCAAAAAUAUUGGUUACACUGAUCAUCGCUUAUACUUGUGGUUGUAUUCUCACUCUCCCUAUUCUUGGUUGGCGUUUCUGGUUUUAUAACCAAAGUGUUAGCUCAGAGACAAGGAUAAACGAGGUGAUGAACAGUUUGAGAAUGAUGCUUGGAUAUUUCUUCGUGGGUUGGAUUACGGUGUUUAUAUGGCAUCUUGUUAAUAACUCAUCAUCUAUAGAUUAUUCUGCGCCACACUUCUGGUUAUGUUUGGCUUUCUUUGCUAACAGUUGCAUCCAACAUGUGUUUCGUAAUCUCCACUGUUCGGUGAUCUGUUUUGUGUUUCCUCUGCUGCCACGUUUUGCCGAAGUUGUGGACUUCAUUGGUGACAUUGAUGAGAAGCUAACUAUAAUUGGCUUGGUAUUCAUUGCGUGCGUUGGAAUCCUUACGUGCAUCUGCAAAUGUAGAUCACAAACUUAA